AUGACAGCCGUAAGUGCAGCUUCAGGAGCUUCUACUGUGCCAAAUAAAAGCUCUCCGCAUCUACACUCGGUUGCUAGCAGCCUUCGCUCGUGUUUGGAUGGAAUGUUACCUGAUAAUUUGCGCAACAACAGCGCCAUGUUCGAGCAACAUUUGCUCCAGCAAAAGAACCGACUGCAGACAGAGAAAAAUUCAUGGCGUUUUGGUCUCAAUUACCUCUUUGAAACACUGAAGCAACAUAAGGAUUGGUAUGCACGCAAUCAACAAUUUGUACAGCUGCGGAAGGAUGUCAAGCGUUUUGAGAAUCAUGUAGCUACUGUACGAUCGAUUCUAGCCGAAAGUGUUAGCAAACUUGACUUAGAAGCGGGGCUACGUGGUGCUGAGCUAGAAGGGCGUGUUGGAGCUUACAAAAUCAUGUUCGAGGUCACUAAGAUCGUGUCAAACCUCAGUCGUCCACUGGUUAAGCUGCAGAUCCUCAAACCCAACGAGUCGUCAUUGUCUAUCUACUGUGACACCUUUGUACUGGAUAUUGUGCUAUCUGGUGGAGAGGGUGCGGUCGAGUCCGCGUCGCUGACCACGGUAGAGAAAGACCAAUCCAGCCAAUUUUUGGAUCGAGACGAAGACCUGCUUGCGUCGUUAAAGCUACUGGCCGAUGGCGACAGCACAAACUUUACGGAAAAGCUAAAUCGAUUGAUUAAUCGCGCUGAGUUAGCUGUAAAGUUUCCAUCGUUGAGCUUUGAGCAGCUCGAGCUUGAGCUUUUCACCAGAGCCACCGCGGCGUGCAACCACCAGAGAUACUGGACAGCAAAACGCGCAGUAGAGGGCGUUCGGAUCACGUUCAAAGAUCCACUUGCGUGCGUUGCCGUGAUUGAACCACCACGCAAGCGUGUGAAGCAUGAUGAUACGCAGGCUGGACUGGCCGCUGGCUCUAGUUUUAGUGCUACCGAUGCAGCAACCAUUGACGUGAACAAUAACCCUGAUGACGAUCUGGAUGACCCCAACGUACCAUCAUCAGAUGUUGUGUCUCCACUGAUGAAUGGCGAAUGGUCCGGAAGCAUUAGUUUUAUCGAAUGGCGUGGUGAAGUGGCGCUGCACGUGGUUGGAAAUUUUCCACUUGUAAUGGAUGGACAGCAGGCUCGCAAGCUCGCUCUCGUAGCGAUGCAUAAGCAUGUAGACGUGGAUGCGACAACAGCAAAAGAUUUACAUGAAGAUGAAAAGCGUUUUAAUGAGUUCGUGAGCUGGACGACGCUAGAUGGAAAAAAACCAAUUUUGCCCUGGCUACACUUUGCUCGGAACCACAGCAUGUGCUCGGUGUUCCCUUCACGUUCGUCACUAGCGAUGCGUCAGGAAUACACCUUGACGACGAAAGAGAUUUCUGGUGGUCUGAAGCUGCAUUCUUUCCCUAUACCACUGUCCAACGCUUCGAUGGAGACGUUGACCAAUGUUAUGAAGAUAUGUGGAAGAAGUUUGUUCUUUCAUGUGCUUUUAUUAUCCGCCUUCUGCUCUAGAAGCGCCGUGUUUGGUCAACGUAUUGCUGCUGACAACGACGAUGCAGUAAAUGUUCAAAUCAAAGUGGACGUUGCAGCAGCAGAGCGUAUUACAAUGAACACUGGAGAUCUUUUGGGGGAUGGCAACCAAGUACUGAUCGAGUUGAACACAACACCAGAUUGUUCUCUGGAACUAAGCUUGAAGUAUCAGACCGAGACGCCACCUGUGCUUCCUCUAGAAAACGCUGCUACUCUGCAAAACGCUGGAUGGUGA